CCCAGCAGAAACCAAGUUUUGUAUGGAUAUGAAGCGAUAUUCAGGUUGCAGGACAAAUCAUAGGAAUGAACCCUUUCUUUCAGGUCAUCAACACCGCACAAGAAGACAACCACAAUGCAUACAAGAAAAUCACAUUGCCUCACAACAAACAAGUCCACCGAAUCAUUCUCUGAAAUUGGCUUCUUCUUCUUCUUCUACUUCUUCUGGGAAUAGCCAAAAUACAAGCCUGCCUCUGUUUCAUGCUUUUGUUGCUUUCCUUCUGCUUCUUUCUUUCAUCACUCCUGUUCUGUCUCACUCUUCACCAACCAAUCAAACCUUCCGACCGGGUCCUGAGUUGCUCAAGCUAAAGAGAAUCAGAGCUCACCUCAAGAAAAUCAACAAGCCUUCUGUCAAGACAAUAAAGAGCCCUGAUGGGGAUUUGAUAGAUUGUGUUUUAUCGCAUCAGCAGCCAGCGUUUGACCAUCCUCAGCUUAAAGGGAAGAAGCCAUUGGAUCCACCAGAAAGGCCGAAGGGCCACAAAGACAAUGGAGAAGAAGUGAUUGAAAGCUUUCAGCUAUGGACUGAUUCUGGGGAAUCAUGCCCAGAAGGAACUGUUCCUAUCAGAAGAACAACAGAACAAGACAUCCUAAGAGCAAGUUCCAUUCGUAGAUUCGGAAGAAAACCAAGAAACGUACGAAGAGACUCAACUGGCUCUGGUCAUGAGCAUGCAGUGGUUUUUGUGAACGGAGAUCAAUAUUAUGGAGCAAAGGCAAGCAUCAACGUGUGGACACCCAGGGUAACCGAUCAAUACGAAUUCAGCUUAUCACAGAUAUGGGUCAUUGCAGGCUCCUUUGGCCAUGAUUUGAAUACCAUCGAAGCUGGUUGGCAGGUGAGCCCAGAACUAUACGGGGACAACUAUCCUAGAUUCUUCACUUACUGGACCACAGAUGCAUAUCAAGCCACUGGAUGCUACAACUUGCUGUGCUCAGGUUUUGUGCAAACGAACAAUAGAAUAGCCAUAGGAGCGGCAAUCUCUCCAAGAUCAGCUUACAAUGGAAGACAAUUUGAUAUUGGCUUAAUGGUCUGGAAGGAUCCGAAACACGGGCACUGGUGGCUGGAGUUCGGGUCGGGUCUGCUGGUGGGAUACUGGCCGGCGUACUUGUUCAGUCACCUGAGAAGCCACGCGAGCAUGGUGCAAUUCGGAGGAGAGAUAGUGAACACCCGAUCGAGAGGGUAUCACACGGGCACUGAGAUGGGAAGCGGGCAUUUCGCCGGCGAAGGCUUCCGAAAAGCGGCUUACUUCAGGAACUUGCAGGUGGUGGAUUGGGACAACAAUUUGCUUCCGCUCACCAACAUUCACCAGCUCGCCGAUCAUUCCAAUUGCUACGAUAUCCGACAGGGCCGCAACAAUGUUUGGGGCACUUAUUUCUAUUACGGCGGCCCCGGCAGAAAUAUCCGGUGCCCCUGACCGGACCUCAUCUCCUUUUUGCCAUAGAUGAUUAUUAUUAUUAUAAAAUAUAUAAUUUUUAUACACUCAUUUUACGAUUGAAUUCUCUUUCCAUUCCUCUUCUUUUCCUUUCAUGUCUCACUAAUGGCUUAGUUGGAGGCUGUUUGUUUGGAUUUUCCCGUCGGCUCCAUGUAAAUUUCUUUUGUCAGCAACAGUGAAAGCCAGGAAUUUUGUGUGGUAUUUUCUUUCC